UCUUGUUCCUUUCCUCUUCUUCUCAAGUCUCAAUACCGAGCUCUCAAGCACGCUAACAAUGGCGUCCGCAAUCCCCAAAGCUCUGCUCUUUCUCUUUAUUGCUUCUACCCUCUUCUGCUCCUGCGUGCUCGGAGGGAUCACGUGCGAGCAGCUGGAUAGCAGCAAGUGCGCGUUCGCGGUUUCGUCCUCCGGUCUGCGUUGCGUGCUUGAGAAGAACGUGCGAGGCGGUGGUCGGGAGGUCGAGUACUCCUGCCGGAAUUCCGGCGUGGCGGCGACCGACGUGACGGACUGGAUUGAGACGGAUGAGUGCGUGAAAGCCUGCGGGCUAGACCGCAACACCGUCGGAAUCUCAUCCGAUUACUUGGCCAACCGGCGGUUCCAGCGGCGGCUCUGCUCGUCGGAGUGUUAUGACAGUUGUCCUAACGUCGUUGAUCUCUACGCCAACGUCGCCUCCGGCGAAGGUGUUUCCCUGUCGAAAUUGUGCGAAGUAAUGACCAAACGACGCGAAAUGAUCGAAACAAACAGCUCCGGCGGAUCCGAAGGCGACGAUACUGAGUCGACGGCGGCCGCGCCGUCUGUGGGAAGAAAGCUAAUAGGAUGGUACGCAUCGGCUCCGCAGAACGGAAGGAAACUGAUAGCUUUUUAUGAUGCAGAAGAUGAAGAAGCAGCCGCACCUGUUUGAAUCAAGCAAGAGGACAAAGAUCGCAUUACUUAUAUAAAGCAUUUAUGCGGAGCUGAUCUUAGGCGCAUAUGUUGUAUCGCAUAAUAAAAUAUUUGGGUGUGGGAGACUUUUAUUUUGUUUAGGGUUUAGCCUAUUUGAAAUUUGUGUGGUUUGUGACUUUGUAAGAUUAUGUUAAGGGGUUUACUUUAUU